AUGCAUGCAUCCAAAACUCAAGAAAAAUCAUCAAUGUUCAACCUUCCAUCAAGAAACCAAAAACCCCAAAUUUUCAUCAAACCACGAAACCCCGAAAAUGAAAAUCUAUCAAACACAGCCAUCAAAUCUCCAAGAAUUAGACAAUCCAUACUUCGCGAUGGAAAAUGGAGUGAAGAAGAAGCUUCAGUGUUGGUUCCUGGAGACAUAAUUAGCAUCAAGCUUGGUGACAUCAUUCCUGCUGAUGCACGUCUCCUUGAAGGCGAUCCUUUGAAGAUUGAUCAGUCUGCUCUUACUGGAGAGUCACUUCCUGUCACCAAAAAUCCUGAAGAUGGAGUAUAUUCUGGUUCAACUUGCAAGCAAGGAGAAAUUGAGGCAGUAGUUAUUGCAACCGGAGUUCACACCUUUUUCGGGAAGGCAGCUCAUCUUGUGGAAAACACAACACAUAUUGGACAUUUCCAGAAGGUUCUAACAUCUAUUGGGAACUUCUGCAUCUGUUCAAUUGCUGUUGGCAUUACCCUGUUGGGUUCCCAAAGUCUAUGGGACAUAGUGGAGAAGGGGUUCCAAGAACCCGAGGAGGACGAAGACCAAUCUGUGGCUCAGAUUGCCGCAUUGGAAAAGACACGAGUGAAGGACAAAUCGGCUUUGUAUUUUUUGUACAAUGCCGUGGAUGAGUCAGGCAUCCCUAUUGCAAUGCCAAUUGUUCUUUCUGUUACAAUGGCUAUUGGUUCACACAAGUUGGCUCAGCAGGGUGCCAUAACAAAGAGAAUGACUGCCAUUGAAGAGAUGGCUGGAAUGGAUGUGUUAUGUAGUGACAAAACAGGAACAUUAACUCUUAACAAGCUUUCUGUGGACAAGAAUAUCAUUGAGGUUUUUGUUAAAGAUGUGGACAGUGAUAUGGUUGUACUUAUGGCUGCAAGAGCAUCAAGGCUAGAGAACCAAGAUGCAAUUGAUUGUGCUAUAGUUUCAAUGUUGGCAAACCCAAAGGAGGCACGAGCCGGAAUACAAGAAGUUCACUUCUUUCCAUUCAAUCCAACGGAUAAAAGAACUGCACUUACAUACAUUGAUGCUGCUGGUAAAAUGCGCAGGGUUAGCAAAGGUGCACCAGAGCAGAUUCUCAAUCUUGCAUAUAACAAAUCAGAAAUCCAACAGAGGGUUCAUGCAAUUAUUGAGAAGUUUGCAGAACGUGGACUUCGUUCUCUUGCAGUUGCCCGCCAGGAAGUACCUGAGGGAACUAAAGACAGUCCUGGAGGACCAUGGGAGUUUGUUGGCCUUCUCCCUCUUUUUGAUCCUCCUCGUCAUGAUAGUGCAGAAACAAUUAGAAGAGCUCUAGAUCUUGGCGUGAGUGUCAAAAUGAUCACUGGUGAUCAACUUGCAAUAGGUAAGGAAACAGGAAGACGUCUAGGGAUGGGCACCAACAUGUAUCCUUCUUCAUCACUGCUGGGUGAAAAUAAAGAUGGAUUGGGCGCUGUUGCCGUUGAUGAUCUCAUUGAGAAUGUUGAUGGUUUUGCUGGAGUCUUUCCUGAGCACAAGUAUGAGAUUGUGAAGAGGUUACAAGUUAGAAAGCACAUUUGUGGGAUGACUGGUGAUGGGGUGAAUGAUGCACCUGCCCUAAAGAUAGCAGACAUUGGUAUUGCUGUAGCAGAUGCUACAGAUGCUGCCAGAAGUGCUUCUGACAUAGUCCUAACAGAACCUGGGUUGAGUGUGAUCAUAAGUGCAGUUUUAACUAGCCGUGCAAUUUUCCAGAGAAUGAAAAAUUACACUAUAUAUGCUAUAUCUAUCACUAUUCGUAUUGUGCUUGGUUUCAUGUUACUGAACAGCUUUUGGAAAUUUGACUUUCCUCCCUUUAUGGUUCUUGUCAUUGCCAUUCUCAAUGAUGGUACCAUCAUGACAAUAUCUAAAGAUAGGGUUAAGCCUUCUCCAGUUCCUGAUAGUUGGAAGCUUAGUGAAAUUUUUACAACUGGGAUUGUUCUUGGUAGCUAUCUGACUCUAAUGACUGUGAUCUUCUUCUAUAUAGCUGUCGAAACAAAUUUCUUUCCUAACCAUUUUGGUGUGAAACACUUUCACUAUGAUCCAGAAGCUCCUAACGGUGAUCCAACGAAUACAAUGUUGGGAUCUGCUGUCUAUCUUCAAGUUAGUACAAUUAGUCAAGCCUUAAUUUUCGUGACACGAUCAAGGGGUUGGUCCUACACAGAAAGACCUGGUCUUUUGCUUGUCACUGCCUUCAUCAUUGCUCAAGCGAUUGCAACUGUUAUAUCUGCCACUCUCACUUGGAAAGUUGCUGGGAUCACACGUAUUGGUUGGGGCUGGACAGGAGUGAUUUGGCUAUACAAUAUUGUAACUUACCUAUUUCUAGAUCCUUUAAAGUUUGCAGUUCGCUAUGCAUUAAGUGGAAGGGCUUGGAAUCUGGUGGUAGACCAAAGAACUGCAUUCAUCAACAAAAAUGACUUCGGUAGAGAAGCUCGUGAGGCUGCAUGGGCUACUGAGCAGAGAACCUUACAUGGCCUCCACUCUGUUGAGUCAAAAGGGAUGACAGAGAAGCACCACACCUUCAGAGAAAUUAAUACAUUGGCAGAAGAGGCUAGGAGGCGAGCAGAGAUAGCAAGGCUGAGAGAGCUUCACACUCUGAAAGGCAGAGUGGAAUCAUUUGCCAAGCUAAGGGGUUUGGACAUUGAUGCAAUGAACGGACACUACACUGUCUAAAGACUUUAUGACUACUGUCUAUCAUCAUUGUUAUGUCAUGCAGCUCUUUAAAUUUCUUGUAUUAU